UUUCGCGUUCCUCAUUCGAUUUCGUCAAGUUUUGAGACAAAAACAAGCAUGCAGUAUACGUGGUUUCCAGGCUUGACCCUCUGCAUGACAAUGCUGAGCAACACUACAAUGGAACCCAGUAGGAGGGCGGACUCUGCCCCCAUGACGGUGAAGAACGGGAUACCUUACACUCGGUACCUGCAAGCUGCCAUGAUUUUAAUCAAAGCUGCUAUGUCCAAUGUUGGUACUGAAGAAGAUCUUGACCGAAUAGAUGAAGAUGAUACUGAUUACGAUGAAGAAGAGCAGCGGAGGUUUCAAUGUCCGGAUCGUCCAAUGGAUUGUGAGGAGCUUCUGGGCUGCGGAUUCAACACGUCUGGUAUAUACCGAAUCUAUCCAAAGAGUCGGCUGAACACGUGGGGGGAGGCCGGAUUCGACGUCUACUGUGACAUGGACACUGAUGGUGGCGGAUGGACGGUGAUGCAGAGGAGAGAUGAUUUUGGCACCAGUUCCGACUUCUUUUAUAAAGGCUGGCAGAGCUACAAAUUUGGAUUCGGUGAUCUGAACCAUGAUUAUUGGCUCGGCAAUGACAAAAUCUUUGCAUUGAGCAACCAGCGUCGGUCAACGCUCCGUAUCGAUUUGUGGGACUUCGAAGGGAACGAUGGGUAUGCCAACUACGACAACUUCUACAUCGAUGAUGAAACGCAAGGAUACAGGCUCCAUCUAGGGGACUACAGAGGAAUUAUCGGCGAUUCCUUCAAGGGCCACAACCUGUGCAAAUUCUCAACAAGGGACCGGGACAACGACAACAACCCGUACCAGAACUGCGCUCUCCAAUACAAAGGUGGAUGGUGGUACAACAAUUGCCACACCGUCAACCUUAAUGGUCUCUAUCUGAAAGGACGGCACGACACUUAUGCCGAUGGUGUCAACUGGUACACAUGGAAAGGAUUUCGCUACUCUUUAAGGAAAACCGAGAUGAAAGUAAGGUCCUCGACCUUCCUCGCCAAGCCCUUCAACAGGUUGGAAGCCAUAUCCCCACUCCUGAAGAGUGAGAAAUCAGAAGCCAAGGAAAUGUAAUAAACUUUGUGGUGUGGCACCAAAGAAUGAUAUCAAUAAUGAAGAACAUGAGACAGAACGUUUCAUGGCUAAUUAACUUAUGUAAAUCGCGCUCACCUGAUGCGAGAAAGAUAAGAAAUGAUAUUUUUAUAAGUUAAGAUACAAUCCUUCAUGUGGGCUUUAUUACUGUUUUUUUAUUUGUUUUAGCUUCUAAACAUUAUGAAAUACAUGGAUUAUGAAAAUGUUCGGAUAGGCCAGGCAUCAUUAA